CGGAAAGAGGCAGCGCUCCGGCCGACAGGAGGAAGAAGAGACGGCAAUAAGGCGUCAAGCAGAAGCCCAGCUCGCCUCGGGGGCCCCCGCAAGUGAGUGUGCUGUGCUUCGCCCCUUCAGCCGUGGGGGUCCGCUCGUAAAAGUCUCCGCAAGAUGCAGCGAGAGGCGGCUUUAACUGGGGAUCGGUCAAACAGGAGCAGCGGUGGUGGUGGUCAGGGGCAGGGCGCCUUCCUCGGAGCGCCGGGGCCUCUUUUGCGGGCCGGGCCCAGUCCUGCUGAAACAGCGCCUGUUUCUACGAUGUGUGAAAUGGGGCUGGUCUCCCCGGAGCUGUCCAGCCUGGCCCCAUACUAUGGGGAGACACCGGACGCCUAUUGUCAAGAUGACCGUUGGCAGAGGCUGCGCACGGCUGUCAGAAAGCUGGAGUUCUGGGAAAACUUUGAUGCCGAAUUGAUAGGUAGUGGCUUCUUCUCCAAGGUGUUCAAGGUUGCUCAAAGCCCUGGCGGCAAAGCGAUGGUGGUGAAGAUCUACAAGAACUACGCGGACCAGGAGGGGAUUGUGCGCGAGAUCAGCUUGCUGCAGAAGCUCUCCCAUCCCAACAUUGUCAGGUAUCUUGGGAUCUGUGUGAAGGAUGACAAGCUGUACCCCAUUCUGGAGUACGUGAACGGCGGGUGCCUGGAAGAACUGUUGGCCAGCAAAGACGUCUCCCUCACCUGGAAGGAGAAAGUGGACCUUGCUUCAGACAUCACUCGGGGGAUGGUCUAUUUGCACUCCAAGAACAUCUACCAUCGGGACCUCAACUCCAAGAACUGUCUAAUUCGAGUGACCCAGCGGGGGCAUGAGGCUUUGGUGACGGAUUUCGGCCUAGCCAAGGAAGUGGUGGAGCUUUCGGCGAAGGACCCCGAAAGGAAGCUUUCUCUGGUGGGGUCAGCCUUUUGGAUGGCCCCUGAGAUGUUGCGAGGGGAACCUUACGACAGGAAGGUGGACGUCUUCUCCUUCGGCAUUGUCCUGUGCGAAAUACUGGGAAGGAUCCCCGCUGACCCCGAGGUGCUGCCUCGGACCCAGGAUUAUGGCCUGGAUGUGACUUCCUUCUAUGACAUGAUAGGUGAAUGUCCCAAGCAAGUUUUGGAUUUGGCUGCCAGCUGCUGCAGAGUGGAAGCAUUCAAGCGUCCGUCGUUCUCCGAGGUCCUGGAAGAGCUGGAAGAUGCAGCAGAGAGGCUGGAGCCCACAAUGGACCAUCAGUCUCCAGGCUGAAGUGCCUGGUCUGGGGCCUGGACUGUAUAGGUUCUUGUAAAUCUUGAAACGAAAAGGGUGAGAGGGAAGGCCAGGGCCUUCAGGCGAAAUAUUAACAGGGUGCCUUGCCCUGCUCGCCCAUCUUGGACAGACCUGUGGCUUGUACAGAGGAAGAGGGAUCAUCUUCAGGCCUGGCCAGCCCCCAGCCCCCUGAGAGCUCUGUCACUGAGCAGCCACAAGGUGGUCUCAUUGAGCUUUUGCCGAGCAAGCAACGUGGACUACAAAAGCAGGGAAGAAGUGCCCCCCCCGUCCAGAUAAGUGCCUGCUGAAGAAAUUGGUUCAGACAGCUCCAGCCAGCAAGCUAAGUUGCAAGCUGCAGAGGAAAAACAAGAAACCCGCCACACUUGGCAGCCAUAUUUUUUUCCCCAGGCUGUUCUGCACCCUGUAGUUACUCCUCAAGCCUUCCCCACUCCCGCCCGUGUCUUGCUGAUGCUGCUUGUCUAUAUCUGCCUCCUGCUUCCUAACUGGAGACUAACAAGAGAGAAGAGGGAGGUGUUCUUUGUGCAAAGUGUCGUGAAGUCAUGGCAUGCAAGGGCAUAGAGUGAGGCUGGGGGCUUAGAUAAACUCAAGGAAGUGGAGAUGUGUGCUGCUGACUCUGAGCUGUGAUGGCUAAAAGUGGGAUCUCUGUCCAGAGAUGCCAGUUGAUGGGAAACACAAGCAGGGCUCAUGUCCCGCUUGUGGGCUUCCCAGAUGAGGCACCUGCUUGGCUGUUGUGAGGAACAGGAGGCUAGAUGAAAUGGGCCUUGGGUCUGACCCAGCUGGGGUCCUAAGUUCUUGCAGAGGAGGGUGUUACAGUUGCACUCUGUGAGUCAGGCCUUGCAUUGAGCAGGGUGUUGGACUAGAUGACCUCUGAGACCCCUUCCACCUCUAUCGUUCUGUGGCAGAAGAUGGGUCUAUGAAUUGUCUGUUUGCCGUGGUUGCUAAAUGGAGCCUCCACAAAGAGAAGUGCUACAGCUCUCAAUAGCAGCUGGUAACGGGGCAAGCAGCAGGUAAGAGCACAUGUCUUCCUGCCACUUCAUGGGGACAUGGCUGGCCAUGCUUGGCAACAGAAUGCUCAGCUGGAGGAACGUUUGGUCUGACUCAGCAAGACUUCCUGUGUCCAUAAUCUUGACCUGAGACUAAGGGACUCCCUUGCCCAGCUGUUCCCUCCGUGCCUCACCCAGCUCUUUCAAGGCUGACCUCACAAGGUGACCCCCAUCCACGCCAGCUCCCCCGGCGAUGUCUAAUACUGACAAACAAGUGACACGGCCUCCCUAGGUUGCAGAAUCUCCCAUCUGCUCCCCACCUCUUACCCUGCUGCUUGCUCGCUUGGAGAGAAUCUCUGAGCGUCCCAUGGACAUCACUUGGUAUUUCCAAGCGAUAUAUGAGAAGAAGAUGCAAAGCGGCUGUUUUGGGUGGAAGAUCUGACUCUCUUGUCAGGCCUACUUCCACCUUGAGCCCGGCAUGGGGAACCUUUGGCCCUCUAAAUGUUGCUGAACUACAACUCCUACCAGCCCCAGCAAGCAUGGCCAAUGGCCAGGGCUGAUGGGAAUUGUAGUUCAGCAACAUCUGCAGGGCCAACGGUUCCCCAUGCCUGCCUUAAGCCCUCCUCCAGAGGUGACUGAACUCCAUUUCCCAUCAGCCCCAGCCUGCAUGGCCCAUGCUCGGGCAUCCUUCCUUCCCAUGCAGGCUGGUGGCUCUGAUGUCACCUGGGACAGCUCCUUGGAAGUUCAGACGACCCAGUGACCUUGGUGCAAACAGCCUCCACUGCUUGCUUCCACCCCUCCCGCCCAUUCCUAGUGGCAGCCCUUGUUCUGAGGUGCUCCCACAGAGGGCAGAUCUCUUGCAGUUACUGCUAAGGUGUCAGGACUGCUUCCAGAAUUGGACGCAACUGCUGGGGCUCCCCCUGUGUUUAAAACUGGCCACGGGGAGGUGAAUGGGAAUGGUGAACGUUCAAAAUGAGGAAGGGAUGGGGUGCAGAAAGAAGGGUGGGGCUGCACCUGCAGUUGCCAUAGCGCUGCUAGGCAUGAAGGGCUGCCGGCCUGCCACUCUCUCAUGCUCUCGUGGCUCAGUGGUGCUGGAGCGCAUCUGUACAUAGAGAAGGUCCUUGGUUCGGUCCUGGCAUCUCCAGCUAGGAAAAAGGAUCUCUGGGAAAGGCCUUUGUCUGCCCAAGGCCGUUGAGAGUGGCUGCCUGUCAGAGCAGAACUGGCAUUCCCAAAGUAUGCUCCCCGGACCACUAGUGGCCCACAAGCUUCAUUCAGGUGGUCCGUGGCAUAUCUGUAAAAAUACAACUAACGAUCAUGCAACAUCUAGCACGGGGCAUUACAGCUGCUACAACAGGCAGAAAAAAUGGUGACGUGUUCUUCCAAGGCCCUCAGCAACUUUCAAGUGGUCUGUAGCAGGGGGAAAAAAAUUGGGAACCAACUGCUGGAGUCGACAAUAACUAGGUGGGCCAAAAUUCUGACUUGUGAUAAGUCAACUUCCUCCGUUUAUUUGAAGCCCAACCGAAACAUCAUGAGGGAUGCAUGACCUGAUGCCACAGCGGUCAGGGUUGUCCCACCCCCUGCAGAGCGGGCAGCCAGUGGGGGGGGGUUAAGGAAAUUCUGAGCACAACGAUAUCACAUUGCACACCUUGUUGCAUGGGAUGUUAUCUGAUGGUAAGCGGGAUGGUCCGCAGGCACGCAUCCAUCCCUUUGACAUGUCUCUUGUGGGCCUCACUCUCUAGGCUUUCUCCAACUUUUUUUUUUAAAAAAAAGGCUAAACAUAUUUAAAAGUGGGGUGGAAUUUUCCAGUGAGCUUUCAAGGCAGGGAUAAGGAACCUGUGGCCCUCCCCCUGUUGUUGGACACAGGGUACCAACGGCGUGUCCUCCAGACGUUGUGGACUAAAAUCCUCAUCAUCUCUGUCCAUUUAGCCCUGUUGACUGCGGCUGUUCAGAGUUGGGAGUCCAACUAAUGUCUGGAGGGGCUGCCGCAGGUUCCCCAUCCCUCUUUUAAAGGAUACCACCCCCCACCUGAUGACUUUUAAAGUUACGUCCCACCCUAUGGCAACUCAGAACCAUUCUGGUUUUUUCCUUCUGUAUAAAUCAAUAAAUGACGUAUGAACCUUUCCAGGAAUGCGCCUGAAAGGGCAAAUGGCGCUGACUGUCUCUGAUUUUGUAAAAGCACUUUGGUGUUUCUGUGGUAGCACUUUUGAAAGGAGGAGGCUGGCAGCGGAAGUUCUGUGAAAAGCGGUGAAACUGAAAUUGGAACCAAGUGGGUUUGGCAGAGUUGAAUUGCCACCUGCGGUUUUUCUUUUCAGAUGCCAGAUUUGCACAGGCCUAGGACCCCCUCCAAAUUUCUUUAUUUUGAGAAUGGCCCAACCUCUGCUGUUGUCCAAAGCUACAUUCCAGGGUUGUGUGUGUACACCCAUCCACACACACACAAAAUCCCAAUAUUGUUAUGAAAAUGAAGCAACCAAUAGCAAUCAAAAUA